CCUCCUCCGCGGCACUCUCUGCAGGGCACGGGACUCGAAAGAUGGAGGACUACGGGCGAUUCUUGGCGUUCCUGGCCUCUUCGCUGCUGGUCGGCUUCGUGUCGGUCAUCCUCUCCCUCGUCUGGGUCUUUCACUACCGCGAGGGGCUGAGCUGGGACGGCGGCCCGGCGGAAUUCAACUGGCACCCCGUCCUCAUCAUCACGGGCUUCGUCUUCAUCCAGGGCAUCGCUAUUAUUGUGUACAGAUUGCCCUGGACCUGGAAGUGCAGCAAACUCCUAAUGAAGUUCAUACAUGCUGGAUUAAAUACUACAGCUAUGAUUCUUGCAAUCGUUUCUAUGGUAGCCGUGUUUGAUUUCCACAAUGCCAAGAACAUUCCUAACAUGUACAGUCUGCACAGCUGGAUUGGGCUGGCUGCUGUUAUAUUUUAUUCUCUGCAGCUGUUCUUGGGUUUCGCUGUCUUUCUGCUCCCGUUUGCUCCAGUUCGUCUCCGCGCAGCUCUCAUGCCAAUACACGUUUAUUCAGGUCUCACCAUCUUUGCAACAGUGAUUGCAACAGCCCUCAUGGGAAUCACAGAAAAGCUUAUAUUUGCUUUGAGAAAUCCUGCAUACAGUGAAUCCCCACCAGAAGCAACUUUGGUCAACUGCCUUGGUCUUUUGCUUGUCAUAUUUGGUUCACUUAUUUUGUGGAUGGCAAGCAGGCCCCAUUGGAAGCGGCCCCUAGCAGAGAAUGCAAAAAUUCUGAGCCCCAUUGGAGCAACUCCUGAAGGCACAGAAGCAGAAUCCACAAUGACAAACAGUAGUAAUGCAGAUAAAUCUGAUCUGAGGAGCAAUACUGAAGCAGCCAGAAAACAAAACAUAAAAUUUGAUGAAGCAGGACAAAGAUCCACUAUGUAAAGAAAAUACACAGAAUAGAAGUACUAUUAUACCUCCAAAUUCCCCCUGGUGAGGGUCAUUCUAAUGUAGUUAUAUUGAUACAAAAGUAGGUUGGGGGUUCAUUUUCAGUAUGGCUUGCUGAAAGAUACUCAAGUUUUCUGCAUAUGUAUUUAAAUUCCUGUAAGUCCCAAGCAUAUUUUAUUGGUCCAUGACUAGUCCAUGCCUUGUUUAAAAAAACAAGAGCAUGAAUGAUAUCACAUAA